GAUGAAGUCUCGAGAGAAAGUGACGUUCCACGAGUUCACGGAACAGGCGCAACGUUCCCAUUGUCAAAUUGCUGCGAUCGACACACGUGCCUACGUGGACGGCAAGAAAUCGCUAAGAAGCAGCCUUAUAUUUUGUAGAGGGAUUAGAAUAUACAGCCCCCACGUCAUCGGUUUUGCUCGUAAAGGGUAAACACCCUCUAAUGUCAGUGCCACGAACGGAGUUAGACUCGACAUAAUGAACGGCUCAUCGCGUAAGGUGAAGAAUCCGUUGUUGUCCGGCGCUGGUCCGGGCUUUCCCUUCGACAAUUACGCGGAGAACACGUUGCUGGUACCAGUCACACCCGCGACACCCGCCGUGCUCCGAGAUGAUCCUGAGCUCGACAAAUUCAUAGGGCAAGAGCCGGUCAAUAUCCAAUCCUCCUCAAGAACGAACAAGGAUUCUCCAACGAAUGCAUCUUUCCAGCCAAAAGAAAGCAAGAACACGGAGAAUCGGCCAGCAAAAACAGCGUAUGACAGGAUAACUCCGUUAUCAUCGAUUUCCUCUUCUCUAUCGAACUUGUUGUCAUCAACUAAAUCCGAUUCCUUGGGACCGCAAAUAAGUCAGACACCCGAGAACACUAGUGGAACGACGCACGAAUCUAAUCCGAACACAGUGUCGAGACCAGUUAAGUUUCUGGAUUCUCCAAGUACAAACUUGUCAGGAUUUACUUAUACUGCGAGCCCCAUUGACACUGUACCCAACCCUCUUCAACCCGCAGCUCCACCCAGUAUAUCUCAACCUGGUUAUGCGCCCGUUUCUUAUCGACUUGGUAAUCAACGACGCUUAAAGUAUGCACCACCGCCUGAUUUAACGUCUAACAACGCAAGCACAUAUCCGGAUCCAACGUUUCCGUCGUAUUUAUUACAGUCUCAGCAUGGUUCUGCACCAACCAUUUUGAAUCCGUGUGAAUCGGAGGGAUUGGCGCAAGGCAACAGUUCUAAUACACAGCAGAUCAGUGCUUUGCCCGAACAGCUUCCAACGUCUGAGCAGCUAUCGCGAAAUAGCUCUCUCCAUAACUCAUUUCGAUCCAGUCCAGUUACAGCAGGAACAACGUCGUACAACUCGCCCAUACCGUCUGCAAACCAGCAUACAUUUUUCGAAAAUACUUUCGCGUCUGGGCAAUUUCUUCCAUCGUUGUCUAGACAGAUACCUGCAAGGGUAUUGGAGCCAGCAACGCCACAGAACACUCCGGCAAACGUAUCAUUUCCCAGCUUCGCCUCUUACCGGGAUUUACCAUCGACAUCUAAUUUCGACAAAGAAAUAGCUGCGCUUAAGAACCCCAAUCUAAAUUCACCACCGGAAUUUUCGAAAGGCAAUACCCUCGAGACGACAGAAUCUGCGUAUAAACCGACAUUGAUAUCCGGGGAAACCGGGGCCACAUUUACGCCAAUAUCAGCAGCGAAGGUAACGGAGAAGUUAGAACAUUUACUUGCGGAACAAGAAUAUUCUUGCGCAGCCACUCCGUCGGAAGUUGACGAAAUUACAACAUCUCGCGUCGCUACCGAAUUAGCAGCGAAAUCUAUCGAACCGCAGAGCGAAGCGCUAAAAGCUACAAAUGAGAUAAUCGAUAAAUCACACGAGGCAAAGUUAAAUGAUGUACAAGGGAAAGCCGCUCAAGCUGGAAGUGACACAUGGAGUGACGUGUUUCUUGGGCAAGAGCCAGCGGCGCAAUCAGUGAUCUGCCCGGAAAUACACACUACUGAUAACAGUGUAACGGAUCUCCAGGCGGCUAAGUCAAACGUACAUCCGCCUCAACAGCAUUAUCAAGUGCAAUCAAUACCCGCGCCAAGCUCCACCUUUUAUACAAACAAGUCUGCAGAACAAAAGUCGAGCUUAAAUUACGUAUCGCCCGUUCAACUUCCUCAGAAAGUUUCUUCUUCCGCUUCCGAUUUCUACAACUUAUCAAAACCAACGGAACAGUCAACAAAUGUGUUCUUUGAAUCGGCGAAACCGAGCCGGGUCUCGAGUUUUCCGUCUCCUGAAAGCAAUACAAAUUCACCGUUUGGACAGCCAGUAAUUAAUAUCACAAAUAAUCCGUUGCAAGCUCAAGAAAAUUCCGCAUUUAGCUCUAAAGCGACCAAUUCCACGGAUCUUCACGUGCCGUUUUGGAACGCUGAUCAAUCACAAGUGUUAAACGUUGCACCCAACCAGCCGGUGUACACCGCGCAUAAUCAACCGGUAUACGCUGCUCCUAUUCAACAAUCAGCGCCGGUAUUUUAUAAUCCUGUCCAAUUUGCGAAUGAACCGUCUAAGCAACCGACUUUUCCACAUACGUACGACCAGCGUCCUCCUCAACAGCAAUCGUAUCAAAAUCCGCCGUUUUACGGAAGCGAGCUGCAACAACCUUUCGCUAGUCCUGAAAAUAGCAUCGCAUAUCCCACGCCUGCUGUCUCGUUGGCAACGUCAGUACCUGAACCGACAGGAUCAGCCACACUGAGUCCUGUUCAAAUGUCAGUUAAUUCGCCAAUUAAUCGCGCCACCCCAGAUACUGUGCCACCGAGUUUUCAGAAUUGGGCUUCUGGAUCUUCCGACAAAUAUACGACAAACUUCCGAAUGCAAUACAGACCGGUAUAUCACCACUGGUUUUACCGCAAAGAUGUGGAGAACAAAACGCUAUGGCUGCCAUUCUCCAUGCAGGACAGCUUAAAGCUAGAAGACGCUCACAAUUCGAGUGAUAUUACGCCUGAAACUACAGUGGCUACUGAUGGCGGUCGUUACGACGUUGAUAUCUUGCGUCGUCAAAGAGCACCCGUUUACUGGACUGGAACGUCUACCGAAGUUAGACGAUGUUCUUGGUUUUUCAAGGGGGCAACUGAAGCUAGAUACGUUCCUUAUAAUGAGAAUAUUGCUGCGAAACUUGAAGACGAGUACAAACUGGCAUGCCAGUCGAACAAUUGGAACCGCAAGGUUGAAUUAAGUAAUGGAGAAUAUAUUAUCUUCCAUAGCGCUACGGUGCAGAACCAUUACUUGCAACCAGCUUCUCCUGACGCGGCAGGAUCUUGGGGAAAUAACGCUGCUUCAGAGGACAGUACAUAUUUACAGGGUUCUGCAAGCAAGCCAAAAGUUGUUAAAAGAGGAGUUGACGAAUUCAACAUAGACGAGGGUGAACCCGAGCAAGUAGAUCAUCUUCUAUUUCUUGUUCAUGGUAUUGGUAGCGUUUGCGAUCUCAAAUUUCGCACUGUAGAAGAAGUUGUUGAUGAAUUCCGAGGUAUAUCAUUUCAAUUGGUGCAAUCGCAUUAUCGCACUGCGUGCGAGCAGGGAGUCGUAAAUAGAAUAGAAGUUUUACCGAUCUCCUGGCAUACAACGCUUCAUUCCGAUACGGGAAUUGAUAAGCAACUGCAAGCUAUCACGUUGGAAAGUAUCCCGAAAUUGCGACAUUUUACUAACGAUACUUUGCUGGAUAUACUUUUCUAUACUAGUCCGAUAUACUGUCAAACUAUCAUGCAAACAGUUGGAAGUGAGAUGAACAGAUUACACACGCUAUUCAAGGAGAGAAAUCCCACCUUUGAUGGAGGAAUAUACUUAGGCGGUCAUUCUUUGGGUAGCUUAAUCAUGUUCGAUUUAUUGUGUCAUCAAAAACCUACAAAGGAAGAUGAAAACGACACGAAUAAUGAUGAAGAAGAUGACAGUAUUGUGCCCAUUAAGGCAAUGCCUGCAGCCGUUCUUAGGAGACGUCUCAGUAGAAGAGUCAGCUACGUAAUGGGGGCUGCAGGAACAGGCCAACCAUACAUACAUUAUCCGCAACUCAAUUUUCACCCGCGUGCCUUCUUCGCUCUUGGCAGCCCGAUUGGCAUGUUCGUAACGGUCCGAGGCAUCGACACUCUUGGAGAAAAUUUCACUCUGCCUACUUGUCCGGCUUUCUUUAAUAUCUUCCAUCCGUUUGAUCCGGUAGCUUACCGAGUAGAAUCAUUAAUUAACCCCGAAGCCUGCAAUUUCCGACCUAUGCUGAUACCACAUCAUAAAGGCAGGAAGAGAAUGCAUUUAGAAUUAAAGGAAACAAUGGCACGUGUCGGGGCGGAUUUAAAACAGAAAUUAAUUGAUUCCGUGAGACACACGUGGAACUCUUUCUAUCAAUUAGCCUUAUUUCAGAAGCCAGACAACCAGGCUCUGGAACGCGAAAUCGAUAAAGUUGUCGAAGAACAGUUGCACAAACCGCCGAGCGUAUCAGAUCAACAGAGCAACGAUGAAUAUGGUGCCGACUUAAAAAUAGGAAAACUUAACGGUGGUCGAAGAAUAGAUUACGUUCUUCAAGAAGCGCCUUUCGAAUAUAUUAAUGAAUAUAUUUUUGCUCUCACAAGCCAUAUUUGUUAUUGGGAAUCCGAAGAUACUAUGCUUUUGAUAUUGAAGGAAAUAUAUGGAUCUAGAGGAAUUCAGACCGACGCACAACUUCCUCAGCAAACAAUGUCAAUCGAGAGAGUAUCUCCGUCUCCCUCUUUGAAUUUACCUGCCUCGUCACCAAGUGGAAGUAAUGCAGGACCAUCACUUGUUAUGGGCACAGAUCCUACAGUGCCUAUGUCCAGUAAACCUGUCGGUCCACCACCUAAGACUGGUUUUGUACCGAAAUCCUGAUCGAUAGAAUAUUUUUCUCACAAUUACACGCCGCAGGAUUAAAUUGUAUUGAAACAAAAGUCAAUUUUACUUCUAUUUGGUUAUUUAAAAAAUGAAAUAUUUAAUUUAGCGUUAUCCCUGACGUUAGAAGAAAAAAGACGGAAUGCAGUAAAUUAAUCAAACUUCAUAUUUUACAGCAUCUUCCCAUUAUCGCUAAAUUUUAGUAAAACUCUAAUAAUGUAUAAAUAUGAAAUAUUAACUGCACAAAAUUGGCCUACAUAACCAACUCAUUGGGACAAACUUUAGUUUAUAGUGAAUUAAUUAUUAGAAAGUAUGUAAAUAAUAUUUCGAUUUUUUGGUAUGUUAGAAUGAUCGGCAAUACUUCGUUGCAAUUUGCGUUUAUUUACAUAUUUAGUGCAUAUUCAAUGAUAGGCUUGGGCUGUGUGUGGUUGUGUGAUCGAAAAUAUGUACGGAGUAUUAACCAGAGAAAAAAGAUAUGGAAAUGAGAAUAUGCAAGUGGAAAUAAAUGAUUUACAAUUUAGUCGGAUAAAGAUAUAGUAGAUUAUAUAAACUUUUGUAAUCUGCUUAAACGAAUAAUGAGCAUACCGAUUUUGAUUAUUAAAUAAUGUACGCGCGUAUUUUAAUAAAUUACUGUAUUCUUUUA